AUGUUGUUAGCAAUAUAUCCUGCUAUGAAUAAACACGACGAAUCACGAUAGACCUUGUACUGCACAUUUGUACUAAAAGUAAACCGCGAUGUAUCUGCAGAUAAGACUGUUCGUGUUUGAACAGGAAACAGUACUCGUAGCUUUCAAGUUCCAAGCAGCUUUAUCAUAGUUCUCGUAAUGUCGUGUAAAACACUGAAUUCGAUUGAGCGAAAUUCCGGUAAUCUAGCAAGUAUACAAAACGCGGAAGCGGUCCCGACCCGAAGUAGCCAAAUCUGUGACUGACUCUAUCACGGAAAAAUGACUUUCGCCAGUCCCUAUGCCGACAAACCUAACACAGACAAGAAAUAUGAUUCCGGGAGUACCGAAGAUGUUCGAUUCGCGGCUUGCUGCAUACAAGGCUGGAGAAGUACCAUGGAAGAUGCCCAUGCGGCCGUUCCUCAUCUGGGCUUAGCCGUGAAGUGUUCGUUUUAUGCUAUUUUCGAUGGACAUGAAGGUGACACCGUCAGUAACUACUGCGCGACGCAUAUGAUAGAAUCCAUUAUGAAAACUGACGAAUUCUCUCAACUUAAGAGUGCCGAAUCAUUAUCCUACAAAAGCAGUGGCGGUUUAGUUGAGAAUGGACUGAUUAAAGCGUUUUUACAUCUUGAUGAAGAACUGCGACAAAUUGCGUCCAUUAAAGCGGGCACGGACCGUGCCGGAUCCACGGCAGUCUGUGCCUUGGUGACACCCGACACGAUCUACCUGGCGAACUGCGGUGACAGUCGUGGCAUUCUCGUCGCCGCUGGCGCCAUCAAACUGGCCACCUCGGACCAUAAGCCAGUUCACGCCACGGAACGACAGCGAAUCGAGAAAGCCGGUGGCUCCGUUAUGUUCCAGCGUGUCAACGGCUCCCUGGCCGUCUCACGAGCGUUGGGGGAUUUUGAAUACAAGAACAACACGGAGCUGGCCGCGCCUGAACAGCUGGUCAGUCCGCAGCCGGACAUCACGCACUGGUCACGAAGUCCGGAGGACGAGUUUAUCGUGCUGGCCUGUGACGGGGUGUGGGAUGUUAUGAGCAAUGAGGAGAUGUGUCAGUUUAUUCGACGACAGAUGACAACAACGGAUGAUUUGCAGAGGAUAUGUGAGACACUCGUUGAUACGUGUCUUCAUCGGGGAUCCCGGGAUAAUAUUAGCGUGGUGCUGAUUGCCUUGCCUGGUGCUCCAAAGGUCACCGAGGAAUCUAAAGUGGCGCAGUCCGAAACGACGACAGCCAAGAAUAUAGAUAAUGUCAGCGUUGAGGCUGUUGAUACAAAGAAACAAAUAACGGAAGACGUUCAACGCCUGGGAUUACUGUAAAGGAAGCAUUGCCCCACAUUAACAGAUCCGUAUACAUGCGUAUACCUAAUAGUUCUUACAAAACAUGGUCGUUCUGAUACUUACAACUCAAACUGGUACCAUUGAAAAUGGUUUGCAAAACAUUAAACAACGGUUCAACAUAUUGCAAUAUGUUGUAACUGUAAUCAA